AACCUUGGUUAUAUUCUGAACUUACUCAAGAACAAUAUCAAAGUUUAUUUUAUUUAAGCUCAGAAAUGACAAAUGAGAUUAAUCAGAAACUUUAUAAAUAUUUACAAAUAAUUAUAGAUGAACUUAUUAAUAAAAAAAAUCAAGCAAAUAAUUUAAUAACUAAAUUAAUGAAUAAUAGUGAACAAGUUGGAUUUAUUAAAAAGUGCUUAAAUUGUCAAACUUCUAAUAUUAAUAACAAAAAACAAUUAUGUCCUAAUUGCAAUACAAAAUUACCAACAAUUAGUGAAGUAAAACAAUUAAAUAAACCAUUAGAAGUUACAAAUAUUGCUGAAAAAUCUUUA